CAAAUAUCAAAAACAAAAACAAAUUAUUUAUUUAUUUAUUUAUUUAUUUAUUUAUUUAUUUAUUACUUUAAUUUAAAUUUAAAAAAAAGAAAAAAAAAAAACUUUUUAAAUUUAAUAUAUCCAAAAAUGCAUUGGAAAUCUAUUUACGGUAUAGGCUUUUUAGUCUUAAUAGCUGCUUUAGCAGUAUAUUCAUCUCAAACUGGUAAUAACUAUCAUAGUUUAUGUCCAGCUAAAAAUAAAUGUGAAAGAGUUAAAACAUGGCAAGAAAGUGGUCAAACUCUUACAAAAUUCAAUUGCUAUAUCAAAAAUAUUGGUCGUCAUCCAUUAGGUAAUGUUGCAAUUAAUCUCGAUGGUGCUCAAGUUAAAGAAAUUUGGGAAGUCGAGUCAUCAGACAAAGGUAAAACUUUCAACUUUGUCGAAUGGAGACGUUCUAGUCCAUUAGGAUUUGGUGACGUUCACAGCUGGGGUUAUAUUGUUUAUGGUAAAGAACCAUUAGAAGUUAACAUUUGUGAUCAAAAACCAAAAGGUCAAUUCAAAGCAGUUGUUAAUGCUGAACUCCCACAAUGUAAAUUAACCAAUGAAUGUAAAAAAGCAAACUCAUGGGUAAAUGGUAAUAUCACAAACACUCAAUUCGAAUGUGAAAUUAAAAAUAUUGGUAAUGAACCAUAUUCAUUCAUCGAUAUCCGUAUUAAUGACAAUGCUGCUCUUUACAAUGUAUGGGAAAUUAUCACUGAAAACUAUGGUAUUUCAUGGAAUUUAGUUAAUUGGAGAAUUGAAAACAGUCUCCAACCAGGUAAAACUCAUAAAUGGGGUUAUAUUGUUGAAUCAGAUAAACCAUUAGAUGUUCAAGUUUGUCAAUAUAUUGAUAACGUUGUUGCUCCACAAAACCAUACCAAAAAAAUCGUUUCAGAAGCUACCCCAUCUGUAUGUUUCGUUAAUAACAAAUGUACCCAAGAUAACCAAUGGAAAAAUGGUGAACAAGUAAACACCCAAUACUCUUGUAAAAUCACCAACAAUGGUAAAGUCCCACUCUCACAUAUCGAUGUUCGUUUAAAUAAUAACACCGAACUCUACAAUAUUUGGGAACUUCAAACAUCAAACUAUGGUAUUAGUUUCGACUUACCAGAUUGGAGAAUCCAAAAUGCCCUUGAACCAGGUCAAUCACAUUCAUGGGGUUAUAUUGUCACUGAUAACAAAGAAUUAGAUGUUAAAGUUUGUCAAUAUAUCACUGAAGCUACCCACUAGAUUAAAUUUUAAACAAAUUUAAAAUUUUACAAUAAACUUAUUUAUUUAUUUAUUUAUU